CGCGUGCCGUAGGCCGUGCGAAUAAUAUUCUAGUCGUGACAAGAAGAAUCGAAAUUGAUAUGUUUGCCCUGCGCUUGGCUGUCUUUUUGGCUGCCUGCCUGUGCGCUGUGCUCGCGGCACCUCGCCAGCAAUUGGAGCUGCAGCCACCGACCACAUAUGCUGCCGAAAACUCUGAGUACAGACUGCCGGAGGACAUUAAUCCCAUUAAUUAUAACAUAUCGUUGCGUCCAUAUUUGCUGGAAAGCGAUGGCGACAAGCGUUUUACCUUUGACGGUGAGGUUUGGAUUGAAAUUGAGCCAGUGGUAAAAACUAAGUAUGUGGUGCUGCACUCGAAAAAUUUGACCUAUUCGCUCAGCGAAUACUGGACCAAGCCGGCGACAGAGGGCGCCACAGUUACUCGCACAGCGCUGACCUUAGUGUCACAGAGCGAUGAAACGGAUGUAAGAAAUCUGACUGUAACAGUGGAUCUGGAGGCCAGUCAACGUUAUAUACUGCAUUUCGUCUACACGGGUCUGAUGCAGGAUGAUAUGCAUGGUUUCUAUCGCAGCUACUAUGUGAAUGACAACAAUGAGACCAAAUGGCUGGGCUCCACACAGUUCCAGACAAAUCAUGCACGUCGCGCUUUUCCCAGCUUCGAUGAGCCGCAGUUCAAGGCCACCUUCGAUGUGACCCUGAAACGUCAUCGUACCCUCAGCUCGGUUAGUAACACCAGACAACUGUCCAGCACACCCACCGACAAUGGCGAAUACUAUUUGGAUGUGUAUAAUACCACGCCCAAAAUGUCAACAUAUCUGCUGGCCUUUAUCAUCUCCGAGUUCACCGUACGCAAGGAUGACCAGUUUGGUGUCCUGGCACGUCCCGAGUUCUAUGCGCAGACGCAAUACAGCUUCAAUGUGGGUCGCCUGAUCCUGGAGGAGAUGGGCAAAUACUUGAACUUGAACUACUAUACGCUGGGCAAUGAUAAAAUGGAUAUGGCUGCCAUACCCGAUUUCUCAGCAGGCGCCAUGGAGAACUGGGGUCUGCUCACCUACAGAGAGCGCAGCCUGCUGGUGGAUGAGUCCGCCACGACGCUUUCAUCCCGCCAAUCAAUUGCUGCAGUUGUCGCCCACGAACAGGCGCAUAUGUGGUUCGGUGAUCUGGUCACCUGCAAAUGGUGGAGCUACACCUGGCUGAAUGAGGGCUUUGCCCGUUACUUCCAAUACUUUGGUACCGCCUUUGUCGAAACCGAAUGGGAACUGGAGAAACAGUUUGUGGUCGAUCAAGUACAAUCGGUUAUGGCCAUGGACUCCACCAAUGCCACAAAUCCCCUAAGCGAUUUGGAUACCUAUACGCCAGCUCAUCUGAGCCGCAUGUUCAAUAGCAUAUCCUAUAACAAGGGUGCCACCUUUAUACGCAUGAUUGAGCACACCAUGGGCACUGAGAACUUCCGAAAAUCGCUGCAGGAAUAUCUGGUCAAAUACCAAUAUCAGUCAUCGGUGCCGGAGUAUUUGCUGGGCGCCUGGCAGGCCAAUUGGCCCACUGAUCGAUUCAACAGCAGCUCGGAGCACAUCUUUUACAACUUUACCACCCAGGUGGGCUAUCCGCUGAUCAAUGCCAAGCUGAGCAGUGAUGGCAAGAGUGUUGAGUUCAGUCAAAAGCGUUUCCUGCUUAAGGAAAACGAUGGCGCAGAUGCUAGCCUGACAUACACCGUGCCCAUUAGCUACACCACCAGCCUGGAGAAGAAUUUCGCGGAUACCAAGCCUAAGCUUGUGCUGGCAUCGACCACGCCACAGACAGUUACUUUAACCAAUGCAGUCACAUGGGUGCUGGCCAACAUUCAGGAGACAGGCUACUAUCGCGUCAAUUACACUGAGAGCAAUUGGCAUGCAAUUCAUGCCGCGCUCGCCAGCACCAACUGGAGCGAUAUACAUGAGGUGAAUCGCGCCCAGGUGGUUGACGAUUUGCUCAAUUUGGCCCGCGCCGGACAUAUCCAUUACGAUCUGACACUGCAGGUGCUGGAGUAUCUGGAAACGGAAACCAAUUAUAUACCCUGGACAGCGGCGUUUAAUGGUUUUAACUACUUGGCCAUACGACUGGGCACAGACACCGCCCAUUUCGGCAACUACAUUCGGCAGCUGACCACCAAGGCCUAUAACCAGCUGGGCUUUGAUGAGACCUCUAAUGACGACGCACUCGAUAUCUAUUUGCGCACCAAGGUGCUGUCCUGGAGCUGUCGCUUUGGCAAUGCCGACUGUAUUAGCAAGGCACAGAGCCACUUCAAAUCGCUGUCCACUGUGCCCAAGAACAUACGCUCCGUGGUCUACUGUGUGGCGCUGCGCGAAGGCGGCAGCGCUGAGUUUGAAACUUUGUAUGAGAAAUUCAAGACCGAGAAGGUGGCCACAGAGGAAACACUGCUGCAGAACUCAUUCGGUUGUGUGAAACAAUACACGCUCGUCGAACGUGUUUUCAAUCUGACGGUGUCCGAUGAAAUUCGACGACAGGACAAAUCCUCAGUGCUGAGCACCUUGUACACUGAGAACAACGAGAAUGUUGGCCCCGUCUUCGAGCUGGUCACCAGACGAUUCGAGGAGCUGGCCGUUGCCAUGGGUGGCUACUCCUCGGUGGCCACAGUCAUCUCAAACAUUGCCGCACGCUUCACGGAGCAGUCGCAAUACGAGGAGCUGCAAAAUUUCAAUAGCGCGAACAGCGGCAAGUUUGGUAGCUCGGCGGCCACAUUGACAGCAGCCGAGACGACCGUGAAGGAGAAUCUGGAGUGGGCCACAUCCAAGCUGGGCACAUUCCGCACAUAUUUGGCCCAACGCAACGGCAGCGCCAUGUUAAGCGGCUUCAGCCUGCUCACCCUGCUGCUGGUGGCCCUGGUCACGUUGCUGCGUUAAGGCCAAGAUUAGCCAAUUACCAACUGCAUUUGGGGUAUUCGUCCAACAAAAAGUAUUUGUACAAUUACCGCCUGUUCAAGAGGCAAUAAAGAAGCCAGAUAAGAUGGCUUUGACUAAAACUACAUUUAUCGGCUAAAACUUAUAAUAAAAAAUUUUACAAUUCUA